AUGCCACCGAAUGCACAUCGAAUGAGUCUACAGACCACCCCAGAAGGGCACCCCGGACAGUCGAAUCCACGCUUCCCCUUGAAUGAAGCUGCCGACGGUGAAGGGGCUGGCCUCACCGGUCUCCUUCAGCACAUGAAACCCGCGCCAGUUGACCCUGCCGGCGGUGGCGCCGCCGUCACCCGUGUUCAUGUACUCGCCGUAGUAGAGUGUGUCGAGAGCGAAGUCGCCGCUCCACUCCGCCCACCCCUUGGGGUUUACCAGCCCGUCGAGCUCCGUCUCCAUGAAGACCACCCGCGAGUACUUCUGCCAUGGCCUCCCCAGGAAGCUGGAGAAGGACUGCUUCGCUCCCUGGAAGUCCGGCGCCGGCAGCACGCGGGACCUGUGGAUGGAGGUGCCGGUGGCCUCGUAGGGGGAGCCCCUUCCCUGCGCUGUGAUCAUGUUGGACUGGUGCCCCAGUGGCCUCCUCACGUAGAUGUUGCAGUUCUGAAGGACGGCGGCAGCGUUGCCGAAGAUGAAGUCGACGGUACCGUAGACGUCGCAGUCGCGGUAGAACUGCCGCUGGGAGUGCGCGAAGAGGGUGUCCUGGUAGCCCCGGAAGCUGCAACGGUAGAAGACAGCGAGGUCCGACGACGCGCGCAGUGCCACCGCCUGGUGCUUCCCAGGCCCGGCGGUAUUUUCGAAUGUCAUGUCUCUCGCCCAGAACCCAUCGCCGGAGACGCCUGCGCAGCAGAAGAGGUUCGCCCGCUCGCCAUUACUGGAUGUUUCUUCGUUCCCACUUUACCUGGCCGGGAAAAGGCCAUCUUUUUCUUACCGAAGGUGGACGAACUGUAG